CUCUUUUCAUUCCUUUUUACACCCCUCCUUCCUAUUCCAACUUCUCUCAUACAUUCAUCAUGACCGUCAACUCUACAGAAACCACCCAGGCCCUCGUCCUGCACGGCGCCAAAGAUCUCCGCCUAGAAUCGCGCCCUCUCUCCCCUCCAACCGGCAGUGAAGUCCAAGUCGCCAUUCGCGCCACUGGUCUCUGUGGCUCCGACCUGCACUACUACACCCACGGGCGCAAUGGCGACUUCGUAGUGCGCGAACCCAUGUGCCUGGGCCACGAAUCCUCCGGCAUCGUCACAGCCAUCGGCCCCGAGGUGACCACCCACGCCGUGGGCGACCGCGUCGCCCUAGAAGUCGGCUUUGCCUGUCGUCAAUGCGCCCUCUGUCAACAAGGGCGCUAUAACAUCUGCCCUCAGAUGAAGUUCCGCAGCAGCGCGAAACUCUUCCCCCAUCUCGACGGCACCCUCAUGGAACGUACCAACCACCCCGCCUCCCUCUGCCACAAGCUUCCCUCUCACGUCUCCUACGCCGGCGGUGCCCUCGUCGAGCCCCUCGCCGUCUGCCUACAUGCCAUCCGCCGCUCCCGGCCCCCAACCGCCGAGGACGUCUCCCUCGCGCAGUCUCUCGGCGAACCCACCGCUGCCUUGAUCUUCGGUGCCGGCGCUAUCGGCCUCCUGCUGGCCUCUGCGCUGGCCGCCUCCCAGAACUUUUCCUCCAUCGUGGUGGCAGACAUUGAUGCCUCCCGACUGGCUAUUGCCGAUGAGCUGGGACUGGGUCUCAAGACCACUCUCAUCCCCAAGGCGGAUCCCGCGAACCCCGCGCCAGCCCGCGAUGCCCCGGCCGCGGAGCAGACGGCUUGGGCGCUGCAGAAUGCCCAGCGCGUGGCGGGAAUCUUGAAGGAGUCAGCGAGUGUGGAGAAGACAGGCUAUGCGCGCGUGUACGAUUGCACCGGUGUGCCGGCGUGCGUGCAGGCGGGAAUCUAUGCUGCGGGGGCGGGUGGAGUGUUGGUACAGAUUGGCAUGGGCCAUCCCGUACAAACGCUCCCUGUUGGAGCGGCGGCGCUGAGAGAGGUCGACAUUCUGGGGGUGUUCCGGUAUGAUGGGUAUGCGUAUCCAGCGGCCAUUGAGCUGAUGGCGAGUGGGAAGAUGGAUCGCGUGGAGAAGAUGGUGGUGACGCAUCGGGUGGCGCUGGCGGAUGGGGAUCGAGCGUUCAACCUGUCAGGCAAGGGAGUGGAUGAGGAGGGGAGACCUGUAGUGAAGGUGGUUAUUGAGAGUGGAAGCGAUGCUUGAGCGGAUGAACGAAUCUAUUUAAAAUGAUGACGGUGACGAUGACGACGAUGAUGAAGUUACGGAGUGUAUAGUAGUAGAGCAAUCCCGGAGAACAAUUCCGCCUUCACAUAACAC